AUGUCAACACAACAAUCAUCAACUUUUUUAUCUCAAAGUCGUGUCAGACACGAGUGGUAUCAAAAUGAAAGCUUUGUUAUUAUUAGCAUUUUUAUCAAGAAUUUAAAGAAAGAAGCAGUAGAUGUUUAUUUUGCGGAUCGAUCGGUUUCAGUGACUGUCAAAAUGCCUACGGGAUCUGAUUAUUCUUUGGAACUUGAUCCACUUGCUCAUGAAGUUUCUCCUAAAGAAAGCAAAUUUGAAGUGUUGUCAACAAAAAUUGAAAUCAAGAUUAAAAAGGCCAAUAUUGGAGUUAGAUGGGGUGUUCUAGAAGGUGAAGAUGCGCUUCCUGGAUCACUCGAAAAACCAAGCGAAAAAUUAUCUUAUCCUUCAUCUGCGAAACACGCCAAGAAUUGGGAUAAACUGGAAAAAGAAAUUAGUAAGGAGCAAGAUAAACCAGAAGGUGAAGCCGCUUUGAACUCUUUGUUUCAACAACUCUAUCGGGAUGCAGACGAUGAUACUAAGAAGGCGAUGUUAAAAAGUUACACGGAAAGUAAUGGCACAUGUUUAAGUACAAAUUGGAGUGAGGUCAACAAAGCCAAAGUGGAAACAAAACCACCUGAGGGUAUGAUAGCCAAAAAGUGGGAAUCUUAA